GGCGGGGCCGGGGCGGGGAGCAUUGGCGGCGGGGACAGAGCAGCCAUGAGGGCCGGGCCCAGUCACCGACAUGUGAGUGACUGCCCCAUGUUAUGUUGAUGCUGGUCUGCCAUGCUAGCCUGUCUGCCUGGGCCAAGUGACCUGUCCUUUCAGCUUCUCUCUCACACGCAGAUGAACACUGGACUUCAGAAAUGGGACACUACACAGAAAAUGAGAACUGCUCACUACCCCACCCCAGCCGAAUUGGAUGCGUAUGCUAAGAAGGUCGCCAACAACCCACUGACUAUAAAAAUCUUCCCCAACAGCGUAAAGGUUCCCCAGCGGAAACACAUCCGUCGUACUGUGAACGGACUUGACACGUCGACCCAGCGCUACAGCCCGUACCCGGCCCAGGCCACCGCCAAGGCCGGUCUGCUAGCCAUCGUCAAAGUGCCGGCCAAAAGCAUCGUCAAAGACUUUGACGGCUCCCGUGCCCGGCCGCUCCCGGAGGCCGUCAUGAACCCCCCGUCGGCCCCGUAUGCCGCACCUAGCACUUUAACCCAUCCCCAGGCCCUGGCCCGCCAGCAGGCCCUACAGCAUGCACAGACGCUGGCUCACGCCCCGCCCCAGACGCUGCCACACCCUCAGGGUAUCCCACAGUCCCAGGCACUGUCCCAUUCCCAGAGCCUCCAGCAGGGCCUGGGCCACCCUCAGCCUCUGGCCCACCCCCCGACCAUGGCUCACCAGGGCCUGCAACACCCCCCCAACCCCUUGCUGCAGCCAGGUUUGCAUGGAGGCCGGAAGAUGCCUGACGCAGACGCCCCACCGAAUGUGACCGUGUCUACCUCAACCAUUCCCCUAUCCAUGGCAGCCACUCUGCAGCAGACCCAGCCCCCGGACCUGAGCAGCAUCGUGCAUCAGAUCAACCAGUUUUGCCAGACGAGGGCAGGCAUCAGCACUACCUCAGUGUGCGAGGGGCAGAUCGCCAACCCCAGCCCCAUCAGCCGUAGCCUGCUUAUCAAUGCGAGCACUCGAGUGUCGACCCACAGUGUCCCUCCUCCGAUGCCUUCCUGUGUGGUCAACCCCGUGGAGCACACUGUCGCCACAGCGAUGCCCACCACUGGUGCUGUCAACCUGCCCAUGGUGGGGAUCAACCGAGCAGCGGUCGGCUACCCCAGCGACCUCAAGCCAGUGGCCUGGAACCAGCACCAGCUGGCCCACUUGCAGCAAAUGUGCAGUGAGGCUGGCGGCAGCUCUGCCAGUGGCCUGGCAAACAAGCUUCCUUCGGGGCGAGAAAUGGCAGGGCCAGGUUUUACGGGCAAGGCGCCCACUUAUCCACAGGAACUUUGCAUGGGCCAGCCCUUCCACCUGAAACCACCCUUGGAGAAACCAACCCCGUCCCCACCUGUCAAUGGCCCAGCGGCCCCGCUGGCCUACCCCAAUGGGCAUUAUUUUCAACCCCUGUGGAACAACAUUCUGCCCACACCCAACAGCGACAGCUCUGGUUCACAGGACCUCGCCAUGCCCUUCCAUGGUGGGCAGCCUACAGGCGCGCCCCUCGACUGUGCCGCGGCUGGGGCCCACUAUCGUGCCGGUACCGCGGCCAGCACGGUGCCUGGCCAGAACAACUUGAUGCAAACAGUGGAUUACCUGAGUGGGGACUUCCAGCAGGCCUGCUUCCGUGAGCAGAGCCUGGCUAUGCUGAGCAAGGCCCACCGGCCCCCCGGCAGCCGGGCCCCUGAACCUACAGAUAGUCGCAAUCUUCAUAUUCAGCACCCUGGCUAUAGAUAGGUGCCAUUGCUGAGACACAAAAUACACACAAAACACACACACACACACACACACACAGAGACACAUAGGUUUAGUCUUAAUUUUGAAUGAAUUGUUUUUAACUUUCAUAACUCCUUUGUGAUCUUUCUAAUUCACUACCCUAGGGAGGGCUGCUGUUGGCUCACAGGGUGGUCACCUUUGUCCUUCAUCUUCCUGCCCAAUGCCCAGUGUCAACUUCUUAGUUUUAGAACAUCUCAGAACAGGAUUUUUCCUUGGUCUCGCUGCCCACCUGCCAUCGGUUUCUUCCCUUAGCAUGUCCUCUCUUCCUCCAGUUCGCCCAGUAAGCUCGGCUCUCUUUGUUUUAGCCUCUUUCCACCACCUAUCCUAUCUCUUCUCUUUCCAUUCUUCGCCUCCCUCCCCACCAACACUCUCCCUGUCUUAAGAUAGUGGUGCCCACUGAGGGAACUGCCACAGGGCUACAGUGGCCCCCUAGACCCACAAUUUCUGAGCUUGGCCUCUUCUCUGCCUCCCUUCCACCUUUGAAAUGGACUAGAUUUCUCAGACCCUCCGAAAACUGUAACAUCCCCACCCAACUCAUGAUUCUGGUUUAACUUCAAGGUCUCUCCUGGGCCUGUGGUGGGCUCAUCACCACUCACAGGAAGUGUCCACACACUGCCCAGUAAGGACCUUCCAAAAUCUGGUCUUACUGAUGUUUUUGUGCCUGGUGCCCUGUUCUGUUCCUCCUCAAGAGCAGUGGAUGCAGAACCCUCCUGGAAGAAGGAUCCGGUUUGUCCCUGCCCGGCCUGCUAAUAUGAUUUCUCACACACCCUUUCUCACUGGGAUCAAGGAAGAUCACACCAGAGUUUGGAGUUAAAAACAACCUCCCCCACCCCAAUUUAAAAAAAGUAAAAUACGUUGGGUUCUUUCUCUGUCCACUGGCUAAGACUACUGCUCUACACUGUAAGUUUUAAUGUAACAUUUUGUAUGAAUGUAGUGUGGGUUUGAGUAGCGUUGUGUGUGAGUGGCCCCGAGGGCACGUCCACCCACUAACCACCUUGUGUCACAGCCCCUCCGCUUAAAGAAGGAAAAGAAAAAAAAAAAACACAAAGCCUUAAGCUCUGAA